ACCCGGUCACAGUUCCACGAUGUCGUUCAGCGGAGAGACCGCCGCUGGGCCGGAGACAGCCGACGAGAAACAGACGACAUCAAGACAGUUCCUGUACGUGGACGACACCGGGCAGGAGAGAAAGCUGCGGCUGAAGGAGGAAGUCCUCCGCGCCUUCCUAGAAAGUGAUGACGUCUCCGACAAGCCUGUGGCGGUGAUUUCGGUGGCCGGAGCAUUCCGAACGGGCAAGUCGUUCCUGUUGAACGAGAUGUCCAGAUAUCUGACAGCCAAAAACAAAGGGCAAUGGCGUGACGUGAAAAAGGGGAGCUUCACAUGGAAAAAUGGAGCAAAGUCUCAUACCAAUGGCAUGUUCAUAUCGCCUCCAAUCAAAAUCACUUUGGAUUCCGGACAAGAGGCCAUCCUCUUCCUUCUAGACACGCAGGGGCUGUUCGAUGAGGAUUCAAACAUGUCUGACGCGACCAAAAUAUUCGCACUGAGCACCCUCCUCAGCUCAAUGCAGGUGUUCAACCUUCAGGGCAACUUGAAGAGCGACGACCUGGAUCACCUACAGCUCUUCGGCGAGAUCGGUCGCAUGGCCAGAGAUCGCUCUAACAGAACGGCCUUCCAGAACCUACUCUUUCUGAUUCGCGAUUGGGAUCAUCCAGAUACACAUCCGUUCGGGAAACAGGGAGGCGAUGCUUUGGUCCAAACACGUAUGGAAAGUGGCAAGAAGGACCUCAAUCAGAGACGACAGCACAUUGAAACAUGCUUCGCAAAAAUCAGUGGAUUUCUCAUGCCCUACCCGGGAAGUACAGUCGCCCGGGGUUCGACCUUUUCUGACGACGAAAUGGGCAAAGAGUUUUCGGAUGCGCUGGACAAGCUGCUGACCUUGCUGCUUUCUCGAGACAAGAUCCCGCUGAAGAUGAACGGCAACCGUCCAGUGACGUGCGGAGAGUUGGCUACACUCAUUAGGAGGUACGCAGAGCUCUUCCAAAGCGGCAAGCUCCCGGAACCAAAGAGCAUGCUCCAGAUCGUUUCCGAGGCGUGCAACGCCGCGGCCGUCGAUGCUGAGCUCGGCAAGUACGUGACGAAGAUGAACAAACUACUGGCCGAAGACGCUCCGCCGCUAACCGAAGAAAUUAUCAUGAAAAAGCACAGCGAGGAAAAGUUGGCCGCGGUCGAAGGUCUGAAAAACAGGGACACCGUUCCAGAUUCCACAAAGUCUGAAGAACAUUAUUGCUCACUGCUUGCUCACAAGAUAGAAGAAUGGCUGGAAACGGCGCGAAACAAUUUCACAGCAAGGUGCGCAAACGACAGAGAAAAUGCAAGGAAGGCGAAUGAAAAUCUGGUGAAAGAGUGCAUGGAGACAUUCGACGCAUCGAUGCGUAACUUGGAGAGUGACAUGCCUGUUGGGGAAGAGAAGAUCAGAGAAGCCUACUACGAAGCAGGAAAGGUCGCGGUAGAUCGCUUCACACGGGACAUGAUAUCUCUGGGAUCGUACGUACCAACAGACUGCAAACACAAUCUGGAAACGAGUUUGAAGGAAAGGCUCGACCAAAUGUUGGCAAGAGACGAGGACUUGUCGAACGCAACGGAAGUGGAAAGACAGUUCCUUAGGUACAAAGCUCAAAUGGAAGAUCUUCUAGCUGACGGUGCCCCGAGCCUGGACAAUGGCAUGGUUGAAGGCCACCACGGCAAGGAACUACGCUUGUCUCUGUCAGCCUUGCAACCACUGAUUAGCAUGAAACAUUCAACUAACUCCGAAGACCACUACUCUGGACGCCUUGAGAGCAAGAUACUUAGCUGGUUCGAAGAAUCACAAGAACUGUUCCACGAAAAGUGCACAGCAGACAAAAUGAGAGCGGAUGAGGUGAACUGUGAACUUGUAAAGGACUGUACCAUGUCAUUCAAACACGCACUUAUUGCUAUAGAAAGAGACCAGGCUGCCAACAAAACGAAGAUGCAAGAAGCAAUGGAGGUAGCCGAGCGGAACGCCUGGCAGCGUUUCGAACGUGAAUUGAUUAUCUUUGGGUCGUACGAUGCUGAUGAAGGUCGUCAGCAGCUGCACGAGAACAUCCGGACAAGUAGCCAGGAUCUUCUGAAAAGACAGGAAGAGAUGUCGAACUCGGCAGUGGUCAGGGACCUCUUAGAAAAGUACACCGGUUUGAUGGAACUACUAGCUGAUGGCGACUCACUAAUUAAUAGUGAGCUUGUCACACGCACCCACUCACAGGCGAAACAACAUGUGCUUGAUGUACUAGAAGGCAGGCUCAGCUUGCAGCAUUCCACGAAGUCAGCAAGUGAGUACUGGCGUCUGCUGCACAACCAAAUAGAUGAAUGGUUCAACAAACUCCCAAAGAAGUUCGAAGCCAAAUGUGAAAAGCAAAAUAUAAAUGUAGCUGUCAAUGCCCUCGAGGAUUUUUUCAAGAGUUUUGAGGAAAAGCUGCCAAGUGUGUCCGAAAAGAACUAUCUCAAGAGUCGCGAUGAAGAAAAGCAGAUUGUGCUGAGAGACUACUCUGAGCAAGCGGCGUCUCUGGGCUCCUACAGUUCAGAGGGCCUGAAAAAUAGACUCGAUCAGGUACUAGAUGAACUAGCGGAUCAGAUGAUCUGCAUCGAGAAGACGCGUCGGAGAGGAACAAAGCUAAAGAUUUUUACCGGGACCUGCGCAGCAGUCACUGCCGUGGCCGGCGGAGCACUCGCUGUCGCGGCUGCACCCGUCGCUGUGGCAGCUUUGCCAUGGUUCCCAUCAGCUCUGGCAUCAGUUCUGGCCACCGAGGGGGCCGUCGGAGCAGCCAUAGUGGGUGGUAUUACCGGUUUGUAUGGCACUGUGUUGGGAACCAUCGGCAUACUGAAAAGUGACUCACCGCAGGACGUCAGAAAGAAGGGAUUUGUGGCCUUGAUGCAAAAGAAAGAGGACGACAAAAAGUUUGACAGGGAAGCAAUCAGACUGAUCCUCAAGUUCAAACCAAGUUUUAGAGAGGCAGCCGAAUGAGAGACAGUUGCGGGUGGCGAGAUUAGCGAGUUCUGCCGACAUUCUGGAAACGUGUUGAUUAGUUGAUUUGAGCGACAGUUUCAGGCCUCGGAGUCGUUGGAGUCUUGACAGCUUUCUGAAAGCAGGCAAUGCAUUGUCUGUAGUUGACUGACUUCAUUAUUUCCUUUGAUCAUAUGCUAUGCUGAUAAUUGAUAUAGCGUGAUUAGCGAGCUUCUGAUGUGCAGUUGUGUCCUGGUAUAUGCCGAUGACCAAACAGUGAAAUGUUGGUGUUGUCUGAAUCAUCAUCCGCACCGAAUUCCGGCAUGCCGUCCAUAGACCCACGUGUCGUGGAGUGCAGUGUAGUGCGUCACAGGGUGCUGUGGAUGGCUUCUGGUGACCCCUCAGCUGUCGUUCAUAAUAACAGAUUAGAAAUGCUGAAGGUACGUAAAAUGUGAUGCUUUGUGAUUUCUUGGCAUUGAUGGCAAUCCAAUUCGUAUCAUGUGAUUUUGUUGAUAACGCGUAGCAGGAAAUGUAUGAAUGUACUAUGUAGCAUGGUGUAGCAAAAAGUGAACAGAUGUAGCAGGAUGCAGCAGAAAAUGUAAGGAUGCAGCAGAAGGUAGUAGAAAAUGUAUAGACGUAGCAUGGUAUAGCAAAAAUAAACGUAUAUUGAUAAUUAUUGGAAUAGUUGUAGAAUAAGGAAGCACCUAGCGCAUGUAUAAGCAGCACAAUAUAUUCCCAUUACUCAACAAAUAUAGUUUUAGUCAUGCAUUAGCUGAUGAAAAUGUGCCAUAACACAACAAAAUGUGUCUAAUGAAUGAAAAUAAACCACAUACGCAACUGUGAA